UGAUUCAUUUGCAGUUUGUUUCAGUUGUGAACAGGAGCGUAAUUGUCGCAACUGAGCUCAGACGGAGAAAUUUUCCACUUGUCUUAUUCUAACAAGUUUGUGCAAAAUCGAAGGUUAACUAAAGAACUUUGAAAAAAUUUCGUUGCCAUUGACAAUUUUUAAUUGUCAUUUCAAGUGAAGUAAAAACGAAAACAAUAAAAAUUGUUUUCAAUUUUUGAAUAAAUUACAAGUAAAAAAGAGAAAUUUUCCAAAAUGCCAGAAGGUUUUGAAAAAGUGACACACUGCCUCUUUGACAUGGAUGGUUUGUUGCUGAAUACAGAACAUAUCUAUACACAAAUCACAAAACAAAUUCUUGAAGAGCAACGUUGCGAUGAAAAAUAUACGGGCGACGUUAAAGUGACCUUGAUGGGUGGCCAAAGCAAUGAAGUGGCAAAUGCAAUUAUAAAACGGUACAAUUUAUCAAUGACGGUUGAUGAAUUACUUGCAAGACAGCGCGAGCUGGCUUCAAAUUUGAUGCCAACGGCUGAACUAUUGCCUGGCGUUGAAAAGCUAUUGCAUCAUCUUUCAUCGCACAAUGUACCAAUUGCAUUGGCCACAUCAUCCAGCAAAAUGAUGUACGACUUGAAAACUGUUCGACACACCAAAUUAUUUGAACUAUUUGAUCACAAGGUGUAUGGAUCAAGCGAUCCAGAGGUUCUACAUGGAAAACCAGCUCCGGAUAUUUUCAUUGUGGCCGCUCGUCGUUUUCCCGACCAACCAAGUCCGAGCAAAUGUUUGGUAUUUGAAGAUGCACCGAACGGCGUAAAAGCUGCUGUUGCUGCCAAUUGCCAAGUUGUUAUGGUGCCAGAGGAUUAUGUUACAGCUGAAAUGCGCAAAGAAGCAACACUUGUCGUAAAUUCUUUAGAAGAUUUUAAACCAGAAUUAUUCGGGCUACCUGCAUUUGAUAAUUGAACAAACAAUGUCACCAUAAAAAAAACCAAACACAAUAUUAUUUUUAGAAAAUGCAUGAAAAUAUGAAACUUUGUUUUUUACAUCGCCGUUUGUAUAUAAAUCCCUUGUUAAGGAUUUUAGUACGGGUAACAUAGAUUGGAAUCUAAUUAAGCAAUUUUAAAAAUGACAAAAUAACAAGAAAAUUGUUGUACCUAAAAUGGAAUAAAUAAAAAUCUAUUUUAUUGACGUAGUAACACUGUAA